GACAAAAUCUUGUCCUAAUAACAUCUUUUCUGUGGCGAGUGGCAAUUUUUUUCAGGCUACAUGUGCAUUUUAAUUCUUAACUAGUAACUAAAAAUUAAUUUAGUAAAACAAAUUUCUUUCUAAUUUCUGCAUGCUGGUUUAAAAAUUUUGUGAUUAUCUUUAAGAAGUCAUGGCAGACGAAGUGUUAAAUGAAAUUCCAACAAUAAACUCAACAAUUCCGAAUGCGUCAUCCCCUGAGGCAGAAAUAUUGGCAGAAUUAAAAAAGGAAGAGGCUAACAAAUUUUACGCUACAAAGGAGUACAAAAAAGCUUUAGUUGGAUACAGUGAAGCUAUUGAAUUAUGCCCCAAUGUAGCAAGAUAUUACAGCAAUCGAUCAGCAUGUUACAUGAUGUUGAGUCUCUAUCGAGACGCAUUAAAAGAUGCUCAAAAAUCUGUCGAAUUAGAUCCACAAUUUGUGAAGGCAUACUCCCGUAUAGUGAAAUGCAGCAUAAUACUCGGCGAUAUAGUGAACGCUGAAACUGCAAUAAAUAAAUUAAAAGAGAUAGAUCCAUCAAAUGCUUCAUUUACAUCCGAAUUAAUGGAAAUUGAUCAUUUACGAAGAUUUAUCGUUGAAUCUGAAGCAGCUUAUGCAGCGAAAGAUUAUCGAAAAGUUGUUUAUUGUAUGGAUCGUUGUUGUAACGUAAGUCCGCAAUGUACAAGAUUUAAAUUAGCAAAAGCAGAAUGUUUAACAUUUUUAGGAAGGUACCAAGAAGCGCAGGAUAUUGCAAAUGAUGUUUUGCAUAUUGACAAGCAAAAUGUUGAAGCAAUUUAUGUUCGUGGCAUGUGUUUAUAUUAUCAAGACAAUGUCGAUAAGGCAUUCACUCAUUUUCAACAAGUGCUUCGUCUAGCACCGGAUCACAUCAAAGCACUAGAAAUUUACAAGAAAGCAAAAUCUUUGAAGCAAAAGAAGGAGGAAGGUAAUGUUGCUUUCAAGGAGAAUCGUUAUGAAGAAGCUUACAGUCUCUAUACUCAAGCAUUGUUAUUGGAUCCGAAAAAUGUACUAACAAAUGCAAAAUUACAUUUUAAUAAAGCAACAGUUGCCGCUAAGCUUGGAAGGUUGAACGAAUCAGUAACAGAAUGCACAGAAGCUCUCAGGUUAGAUGAAAAUUAUCUGAAAGCUUUACUUAGAAGAGCACAAUGUUACACGGAUCGUCAGGAAUUUGAAGAGGCUGUACGAGAUUAUGAAAAAGCAUACAAAAUGAGCAAAACUCGAAAUAAUAAACGAUUACUCACGGAGGCUAAACUCGCUUUGAAAAAAUCUCAAAGGAAAGAUUAUUACAAAAUUCUCGGAAUUGACAAAAAUGCAUCUACUGAUGAUAUUAAGAAAGCUUACCGAAAAAGAGCUAUGGUCCACCAUCCAGAUCGUCAUGCAAAUGCUUCUGACAGAGAAAAGAAGGAACAAGAGAAAAAGUUUAAAGAAGUAGGUGAGGCUUACGGAAUUCUUUCAGAUCCAAAGAAGCGAUCUCGUUAUGAUAAUGGUCAUGACAUCAAUGAGGAUAUAGAAGACAUGGAUCAAAAUGCAAUGUUCCACGCUUUCUUCUCGCAAAAUGCCUCCUCAUUCCCUGGUGGAUUUGUAUAUCAAUUCGUUUAAGAAUUUCAAAAUUUUCAGCGAAAGAAUUGCGCAUUCUUAAUCAGUGAAUGUGUAUCAAUAAAUUCAUCAAUCGUUUUUUUUCGCCUCUAAAUGCGAAAUGCAUAACGAUAAAUUCGCGCACGUCUUAACACUACUUCUUAAACUGAUAAAAAGACUUCUUAAAUAUAAUAAUGAUAAUAAUAAUAUUAAUAAUAAUAAUUUCAAAUUAAUGCUGAACUUGUGAAAAACGUAGCGUUAAGACAACAAGUUUAUACAAUUUAGAAUUAUUGCUCCUAGAGUAAAACAAAAAAAAACUAUAAUGAUAAAGGAUUUGUUUUAUUGUAAACAAAUCUUGAACUCUUUCAACUUUCACUCUUAAUCUACAUAUAAUAUAUAUAUAUUUCCAGAGUGUCUAGCAUUUAAGGAAAUAAAAAGUCAAAAAAAGACCAUAAGGAAAGUUAUUUAUACAAAUGUACAAGUUCUUUUUUUCAAUAAUUUAAAGAAUUUAUUUUCCUUCGAAAGACGAUAUUUUGAAUUGUUUAUUUUAAAGAGUUACCUGUUUAGUGUAUUUUCGUUUUAUAUUAUAUUUAUAGACUUAUUAUUUAUAAUCCAUUAUAUAAGUAAAAAAAAAUAAUUAUUGAAAGAUUAGACAUCGCUAGACACCCUGUUUUUGAUGAACUUGUGUUCAUUAACAUAGAUUUUUAUUUAAUUACUUUAUGCAAAACAUAUUUAAAUGUUAUGUAUCUUCAAGCAUCAAAUAAACCGUUUAAAUAUACUGAAAUGAAUCAAAAGUA